AUGCUUGGCUACAUCGAAUUCGCAGCGCAACAACAUGAUGAGAUGUCGUGCCGCCAGAAGCCGUUCGCCUCCUACAAACAAGAUCCAUUCACGCCAUUCGACGACCUGCCUGAGGAGAGACACAUCAUCGUGACCAUUCGAGCUGUCCUCGUUGGUGUUGUCUGCGGUGCUCUUGUCAACGCAUCCAACAUCUACCUCGGACUGAAGACCGGAUGGACCUUCGGCGCGAGUUUGUUCGGUGCAAUCAUUGGUUUCGCACUGCUCAAGCCUCUCGGUAGGAGACUGCCCGAGUCCUUCCCAAUCCUCGGUGGCGAAUUCGGUCCUCGUGAGAACAACAUCGUCCAGACUGCCGCCACAGCUGCAGGCGGUCUGUCCGGCGUGUUCAUCUCGGGCAUUCCAGCUCUCUACCAGCUCCACCUGCUGGACACCCCGAAAAAGGACUUCCACCGCCUGAUCACCCUCACCAUCGUCGGAGCUUACUUCGGAUUUCUCAUGUCGACGCCACUGCGCAAAUUCUUCAUCAUUUACGUUGCCCGCGAGCUGAAGUUGAUCUUCCCGACACCUGCGGCGACAGCAAUGACUAUCCGUGCAAUGCACAUGGCGGCAACAGGAGAGGCAAUCGCAAAAAUGAAGAUGAGGGCACUCGCAUAUGCAUUCUCUGCGGCAUUCAUCCUGCGUGUCGUGUCGCAGUACGCGAUCGGUAUUCUUUGGGACUGGCACAUCUUCACCUGGUUCUUUAUCUGGGGCAACUACCACAAUCACGCUCUGGCUGUCGAGAACUGGGGCUGGAUGAUCGAAUGGACUCCGGCGUUCAUUGGUGCAGGCAUGCUUGUUGGAUUGAACACUGCCUGCUCCUUCUACGGAGGCUCCAUCCUGGCUUGGGGUAUCAUCGGACCGGCUCUUGUGCACAACAAGGUGGCUUUCGGCAAACAGUUGGCUCCGAAAGACGAGAAGUGGUCCGGUCUCAUGUCUUUCGCUUCUCUCGGCGCUCAUGCAUCCACCAAGGCUACACCUAGCCCACGUUUUUGGCUGCUGUGGCCUGGCGUUCUGACGAUGAUCGUCGUUUCAUUCGUCGAACUCGGUCUUCAAUACAAGGUCUUCUUCCACGUGUCCAAGGCCAUCUAUCGUGCCAGCUGCGCUGGAAUCGCCGCGGGUAUGAGGAAGAUGGGCAAGCGCUCUGAAGCUAUGGAACGUAGAGGAGCACAGAAGCAGGCAGAUUUGGUCCAAGACUUCGCCGAGGACAGGGAGCUCGUCAAGUGGUGGAUGUGGGCACCAGCCAUCGUUUUUGUCAUCAUCAUGGCUUGCGUAGUGAUGGGCGUGCAGUUCGAUAUGCCUGUCGGCAUGUCACUGCUCUCUAUCUUCCUGGCCUUCUUCUUCUCGUUACUGGCUGUCCAGUGCGCUGGUGUCACUGACAUUACCCCACUGACUGCAGCUUCCAAGGCCUCUCAGAUUGUUCUUGGAGGUGCAACAAAGGGCGAACACUGGCAAAUGGACCACGCUCAGCGUCUCAACUUGCUUGGUGGUUCGCUCGCCUCCAUUGGUGCCAACCAGGCCUCCGAUCUUGUCGGUGACUUCCGUGUCGGCUUCCUGCUAAAGACAUCUCCAAAGCAGCAGUGGCUCGCUCAAGGUCUGGGAACCGUCGUCGCCUGUUUCUUGGCUCCCGCACUUUUCAUGCUCUUCGCCAAGGCCUAUCCGUGUAUUCUGGACUCAACCGCAGAGCACUGUCCAUUCAGCGCUCCAUCAGUCGCUGCUUGGAAAGCCGUUGCUGUCGCCAUGACCGACCCAGAGUUCCCAGUUCCAACCUCAUCCGGAAUCUUCUCCAUCAUCUUCGCCAUCCUCGGUGGUGUCAUGAUUAUCAUCCGACACUACGUUUACCGCGGCACAUGGGAGAAGUACCGAGUGUACCAUCCCAACAUGAUGUGUGUGGCUCUGGCUUUCGUCCUGCCACAGACCUACUACGGCUUGGCCAUGAUCAUCGGCGCUCUUCCUUGCUACUACUGGGCCAAGAGGAAGCCGAAGUCAUUCGACAUCUACGGCUACGCCAUCGCAGCCGGUCUCAUUGCCGGCGAAGGAAUCGGAGGCGUCGUGAACGCCAUCUUCCAGGUUGCCGGCAUCGCGGGUCCAGAUCCUUACGGCACCAAUAUUGCAUGUCCUGCAAACUCUUGCUAGAUCAGCAUUUCAUAGCGAUUUUCAUUGCAAUUUGUGAUGUGACGACGGAGUUGUACAG